GUCCCAAUUUCCAACACCGUUAACCCCGCACUCCUCUACUUCUGGUCGUCCAACAGCCCUCCCAUCCAUGUGCUAUGCACCCUCUCUCUCUCUCUCUCUCUCUCUGUCCAAAGUCCCUCCAACGUCCCGAAAUCCCCCAUUCCUCAACAAAAUCCCACUGCUAAACUCCACGCGCCACCUCUCACCUCCACCACCGCCGCCGCCGUAGCUCCACGUCUCCUCGAACUAUCCAUCUACUUUCCCCUCUCUAUCAGAAAAGAAAGAAAAAAACGAGAAGAGAUCUGAUAUCCUGCCGCUCGCUUCGGUCUCAAUCCUUGCUCUGCCCUCGCGCUCUCUGUGGCCGCCCUCCCAAAGGAAUUAUUUUUAAAAAUCUCUUUCACGCUCGUGCUUUCGCUCAUGCCCGCGCACGCUCAUUAGGUACCCGACUUGGAUCUGAAUAUACCAUAGUGGUGGUACUUUGUGGUAUUUUGAAAAAAGCACGCUUUUGAGCUCGCGCUCCCCAUCAUGCACGGGCCCCGCCCGCCCGCUAGGUGACUGAGAUCUGAAUUUAUGAAUCCCGUGAACGGACGGAGAAGAGGAUGGGCGGAAUCACGUCGUCGAUCGCCGCUAAAUUCGCCUUCUUCCCGCCGAGCCCGCCGUCCUACACCGUGAUCGCCGACGCCGGCGGCCGACUGCAGAUACCGGAGGUCCCGAGGAGGGACGACGUCGACGUCUUGAGGCUCCGCACGCGACGGGGCACCGAAAUCGUGGCCAUCCACGUCAAGCACCCGAAGGCCACGGCCACGCUCCUCUACUCACAUGGUAAUGCCGCCGAUUUAGGUCAGAUGUUCGAGCUCUUCGUCGAGCUGAGCCUCCGUCUCCGCAUCAAUCUCAUGGGGUAUGAUUAUUCUGGCUAUGGACAGUCAACUGGAAAGCCAUCUGAAUAUAACACAUAUGCAGACAUCAAUGCAGUGUAUCAAUGCCUUAAGGAGCAGUAUGGAGUUAAAGAUGAACAGCUAAUAUUAUAUGGUCAAUCUGUUGGUAGUGGUCCAACAGUUGAUCUUGCUUCCCGUGUAUCAAACUUGAGAGGCGUAGUUCUACAUAGUCCAAUCCUUUCUGGGCUUAGGGUAUUAUACCCUGUCAAGCGGACUUUUUGGUUUGAUAUAUUCAAGAAUAGCGACAAGAUCGGUAUGGUGAACUGUCCUGUUCUCGUAAUCCAUGGUACAUCAGAUGAAGUUGUUGACUGUUCCCAUGGAAAGCAGCUUUGGGAGCUUUGCAAGGAAAAAUAUGAACCCUUAUGGCUGAGUGGUGGUGGACAUUGCAAUCUUGAGAUAUAUCCAGAAUUCAUUAGACACCUGAAGAAGUUUGUACUUUCACUUAACAAAUCAAAAGCAGCCACAAAUGGUUCUAAGAAAACAACAGUUGACUCAAAUGGUUCCAAGGAAAAAACGGUGGACUCGAAUGGUACUAAUAAAGAAACAGUAGACUCAGAAAAUCAGGCGAAGCCAUCUGAAAGCAGUGGUUCUUCAGAUGCAUUUGAGCGCCCAGACCUUCCGGAAGUUUCUAGAAACAGUUUAGAUAGUCGACUAGAGAAGUCUAAGAAGUCGAACAAGCCCGAAAAGUCUCGGAUGAGCACUGACCAUGUGGACAGGUUUAAGAGAAAAAAGGGCCUAGUCUGGUGAUCGACGCAUGAGAAGAGCAUCUUAAAUAAGUUAUGCACUAAUAUUACUGUCUCAGAGAAGGUAAUAGUGCUACUGCACUUAAAAUCCACACUGCUGCUUUAUUGUGUGUCUGUGUCAUAAACUAGGUAUCAUUGAAUUAGUUUUACGUUCAAAAGAUAAAUCAGAAAAAUAGGAAGUCUUCCCUUUUCCCCUUAGUUAUAUGGAAAUUUUGUUCCAGGAACUCUGAAUUUCUAUAAUUGUAUAGUUGAACUUGUACUGAUUCUGUCACUGGACGUGGGAGACUGGGUUUUUUGUUCGAAGUGUUUAAGGCCCGGUUUGUUUGUCCGGAUUAGAGUAUCAGAGUGGACUAUAAAUCUAAGGAACCACAAAUCCUAUGUUUGCUUAGAACUUCUACGGUCAGGACUGUGUGUGAUAGAAACUCCUGCAAAACGUUUGAUGUUUAAUACCGUGUAGAUAUCAUAAUAUUAAUCUUCACUAUUUGUUCUA